GGGUCCUUCAUUACAACCCAGCCCAGUAGUCAUUUCAUAACCAGAGAGAGAGAGAGUGUGAGGUUUCUCCAUUGUAGCUGAGAGAGAAACCAUGGCGACCGAAGAAGAGAACGCAGAAUUCUACCUUCGAUACUACGUCGGACACAAGGGGAAGUUCGGCCACGAGUUCUUGGAAUUCGAGUUCCGACCCGACGGCAAGCUCCGCUACGCCAACAACUCCAACUACAAAAACGACACCAUCAUCCGCAAAGAAGUUUACCUAACCCCCGCCGUCCUCCGCGAGUGCCGCCGCAUCAUCGCCGAGAGCGAGAUCAUGAAGGAAGAUGAUAAUAACUGGCCGGAGCCUGACCGGGUUGGGAGGCAGGAGCUUGAGAUUGUGAUGGGGAAUGAGCAUAUCUCGUUUACCACUUCCAAGAUUGGGUCUCUGGUGGAUGUUCAGAGCAGUGCUGAUCCUGAAGGGCUUCGCAUUUUCUACUAUCUUGUUCAGGAUUUGAAGUGCUUUGUCUUCUCUCUUAUUUCACUUCACUUCAAGAUCAAGCCUAUAUAAGAUGUUUACAAUAUUAUGCAUUCAUCCUCUUGUGGUAUAUGUACUUGUUUAACAAUCAUCCUGAUUUGCUUAGAGUUUGACAUUUGGUAGUGACAGUUUUGUAAUCGUGAAUAUCAGUUGGUUCUGCAUUGGUUACAUGAAUUGGAAAUUUCUGAAUUGAGUAGAUGGCCCUUGUACCAAAA